AAGAAUCAAAUACAAAUGAACAAGGACACAAUUCCGUCCAGGUUCAUUACGUUCUCUCUCUUACUGUUUCGUUUUCCUUUUCUUUUUCCUCUCGUUGAAACUCGAAAGCGUGUAAUCUUAACAGCAAAGAAAAAGAGAAGAGAGCGAGAGUUUCUCACAGAAGAGAGAGAUAAAAUGGAAGAAGCAAUAAGAGGUAGUUGCAAUCGCAACAAAAACAAUAAGAGUUUUUUCGUCUCGAAAGGGAAAAAGGAAGAUUCUUACCAUGUGCUUUACAAGGUUCCUUAUGGAGAUAGUCCUUAUGUUAGAGCCAAACAUGCCCAGCUGGUAGAGAAAGACCCAGAAGCUGCAAUAGCAUUAUUUUGGAAAGCAAUAAAUGCAGGGGACAAAGUGGAUAGUGCUCUAAAGGAUAUGGCAGUGGUGAUGAAGCAAUUAGACAGAUCCGAAGAAGCCAUUGAAGCCAUCUGUUCGUUUAGAGGUCUUUGCUCCAAACAAUCUCAAGAGUCUCUUGAUAAUGUACUAAUAGAUCUUUACAAGAAAUGUGGGAAAAUAGAUGAGCAAAUAGAAUUACUGAAACGAAAGCUGAAAUUGAUCUAUCAAGGCGAGGCCUUCAAUGGGAAACUCACAAAGACAGCACGGUCUCAUGGCAAGAAGUUCCAAGUUUCUAUUAAACAAGAAACUUCAAGAUUACUGGGAAACUUGGGCUGGGCCUACAUGCAAAAGAAGAACUACAUGAUGGCCGAGGUGGUGUAUGGGAAAGCCCAAAUGAUUGAACCCGAUUGUAACAAAGCAUGUAACUUGGGCUUAUGUCUUAUUAGACAAGCCCGGUAUGAAGAGGCACAAUUGAUUAUUGAAGAUAUAAUAAAAGGAGAACUUCCAGGCUCAAAUGAUAGUAAGUCAAGGAAACGAGCCCAAGAACUCUUAGUAGAGUUGAGAUCCUUGCUACCUCCACCAUAUCCAUUGGAUCUUUUGGUUAUGGAUGAUGAGUUCAUCAGAGGCCUAGAACAAUUGAUGAAUGAAUGGGGUCCAGUUAGAUCAAAGAGACUUCCAAUUUUUGAAGAGAUUUCUUCUUUUAGAGAUCAGUUAGCUUGUUAAGAAAUUUAACUUUGUACAUUUAUGGCUUUAUUGGAUUUGGUCAUUCUCAUGGGUUUAAUAUUUUUGGGAAAUAGGGUUAUAGGAUAAGGUGAAAAUAUAAUGCUUGUUUGAAAAUCGAGGGACCUUUAAAAUGUAUGUUGAAACUAUAAAGUGGAAUGAAGUUCAUUAUGCAAAUUAUUCAUUACUA